UCUCUCUCUGUCUCGAAUCGUGGCAGUACACUUUAAUUAUAUAGACUCGUGCAUUUCUUCACGCGCAACUUUCAUUUGGCGGAACGUUGGAUUCCGCGAAGCGUUUUACUUUUCCCCCAUUGAUAACGGGCUAGGUUAGGCUAGAAGACAUGUUAUAUGUUACAGAGCCUAACGCUCUGUUUAGCCAGUCGAGUUGCAACUUUCAAGGCAGCAAGCCGUAGCUGCAGUGACGGUCGUCGAGAUUUCAUAUGUGUCACGAAACUCAAAGUAUCACUCGGCGCCCAAGUGUAUACAAUCGAUACAAUUGAUUGAGACCAGUGUCGUCUUCAGAAACGCUUUUUCUCGCGCAUGUGCAGCAUAAUGAAGUUCAGGGAUGAUGCAUGCAGUGAAUAAGCGCGAAAAUCUUAAUAUUUUUAAUGCUGUUGAUACAUAAUAUAAAACAUACCGCAAAUCUAAAAAAAAAUUUGCACUCCAAUAUAUAUUUUGAUGCAUAUUUUUUUUAAAUUAAUUUUCACAGCAUUUUCAAAUAGUUUCCAGGAAUAAAGGGUCGAAGGCGUCCUUUUUCCUACGAAUUUGGUACUUCAAUGAAACCGCGUUCAAUGCGCAUGCGUGAAGGAAUGCGCCUCUUACAAUGAGAACAACAUUGCUUUAUACGUCUCGUGAAACUCGGAAUGUCAUUCGGCGCGCAAGUGAUGCAAUCUAUUGAGAUGCAUAAUUUCGUGACAACGGAGAUACAAUCGGAUACAAAAGUGCGACUCGCAUCAGUGAAACUUCGCUGAGGACACGGCGACAAAAAUUGUCCACGUGUCACGGUGUGAUAAUUGAACGAGAUUAAUCCCCAAGCGAAACAUACAAGAUACUGUGCAAAGUUGAAAGAAAAUUUUCUCGGACUUCGAUGAAUUAUGCCAGAAUUGUCAAUUGGAGCUGAAUGUGAACUAAUAUCUUUUUAUACAAAGAUAUAUGAAGCGAUUUGUUAAAAGUAGAAGAGCCAAGAAACGCUUUUCUAUAAUUGCAAUUUUUUGAAGACUUUGCAAUACAUUUCAAUGAAAGGAAUUUAUUCAAUUAAAUAUAAAAUGGUGCCUAGAUGUAAAUAGACGCACGGAACACACGAUCCGCAUUUUAUGAUUAUUAAUUAAUAUAAGUACAAGGGAACAGCAUUAAAUGUGAUAGUCAACUAAUUACCUUGUCAGGUCUCACAAUUUAAAGUCGAAUAAAUACUUCUCAGAAUAUUUUAAUAUAAUUCUUGUGGACUAUUUGUAAUAAAAUGUUAUAAUUGUAUGUGCGAGAUCAAACAUUGAGAGAUAUGAAAUCAUCCUCGCGCAAUGUGCUUUGUUAUGACACGACGUGAGUAAUAUUUUAUGACACGUCUUUUCGAGACGGCACUAAAUCUAAGUUGUUAAACGAAAAAGUUUUCCUUCUGCAACUUGUCUUCAGUUCUGUAUGGAGAACACAAACGUAUCUGCAAUAUUUCUUUAAGCCGUAUCUAUCUUGCCACAAAAAAAAGAAUUUCUUUCAUGAUCUUGGCCGAUUUUUUAUAAUCUUCUUUAUUACGAACGAUGCUUAAAAAUUAUUUUAACAAAGCUUUUUGCCGUUACAUAAACAAUAAAUAAUAAAUCCUGACUAUAUUAAACGUUAAUAUUAAACAAGAUUAAAUAAAUUAUAUUAAGAUAUUUAAUACCAUGCCAAGUUUAUAUUUGGCAUUACUUUGCGUUAUCGCAAAGAUUUAUGAGUUGAAUAUGAUAUGGUAAUGGUGACGAUAAUACGUCUUGAAUAUCGAGACGAUAAUACGUCUUGAUAUCAAGACAAUAAAAUGCAAAGAUAGCACAGAGUAUCAAAUACGACGACUUCGGCAUUUAAUGCUACACGAAAUGCGGAUAACACAUUUUUGGCGAAGUGUCACUAAAACAAUGAACAAAAAAUCGUAUUUCUUCGUCAUGAUCAUUGUAUCAGUCUUGAUAGUCUGCUUCUACUUCUUAGCCUUUAAUGGCAACUUCAAAAUUCAGGACGUAUUUCUCAAAACAUAUAUAGUUCCUGAAGAAGAUACGGACAAAUUCAUCAAGGCAGAGAAAUAUAGAAAAGAAGGCAUAAAAACUAUUCUUUUGUGGAAUACGAUGUUCGGUAGAAAAGACUUUUAUUUCGGAGAAGGUGAUAUUUUUCGCAAUUGUCCCAUCAAUAAAUGCAAGAUCUUUAACAAACGAGACUAUUUGAAUAUCGAAGAUUAUGACGCCAUCCUUUUUCACGGAAACGAACUGGAUGAAUAUGAAUUGCCAUUGAAGAGGGAGAUGAAACAAUUUUAUGUAUAUGUUAACUUGGAAAGUCCAGCUAAUAGAGCGAUACCUUACAAGUACUGCGAGGACUACUUCAAUCUCACGAUGACAUAUCGUCUCGACAGUGACAUACCGUGGACUUAUGACAUAAUAGAGGAUGUAAAAAGUGGCAAAUUUCUCGCACCUUCAAGGGACGUUGAUUGGAGCGCUUCUCGAAAUUAUACAAGUGUAGAGAAAGCGGUAGACGAGAUGCCGUCCGCGAUAUUGGACAUCGUCAGGGAUAAAAGCAAACUGGUAACUUGGUUUGUAAGCAAUUGCUACGCCAAAAGUGGCCGGAUGGAGUACGUGCAGGAGUUGUCGAAGCACAUAGGCGUCGACAUCUACGGCAGAUGCGGUACAUUUAGUUGCAACAGAAGCAGGGACUGUUUUGGCGACGUAAUCGAGCCCAACUACUUUUUCUACCUGUCCUUCGAGAAUUCCUUCUGCGACGAUUACGUGACGGAGAAGCUGAUGAACCCGCUCAGGUAUAAUAUCAUCCCGGUAGUUUACGGAGGCGCCAACUAUAGUCAGUUCGCACCACCGAAUUCCUACGUGAAUGCCUUGGACUUCGAGAGUCCAAAGGAACUCGCCACGUACUUGAAAUAUCUCUCUCAAGAUCUGCGACGAUAUCAAAGUUUCCUAGAAUGGAAGAAAUAUUAUCGAGUCAAAAAUGCAACGAAACGGGCCGUUUGUACUCUUUGCGAGGUGUUGCAUAAACAGAAAGAGCCGAAAAUAUAUUCGCCCUUAUCGGAUUGGUACGCGAAAGAUAAAUGUCCUAUUCAAACGUAUUUAAAUGACAAUAAUAAAUACGCGACAAAAAUUACAUUAAUGAAUCGUAAAUAGAAUUAAGUCCUACAACUGGAACACAGAAAUUAAUAAUGUGUCUAUAUGAAAUGUUAUAGAGCAUCCUGGGGUCAAUCAAAUAAUGAAUUGACACGUUUAUUUAUUUAUGUAAAUAGUAAUUGCUAUUGUAUUUUCAAUCCGUAGCUAUUUUGAUCGUAACUUUUACAUUAUUGAAGAGAAUCGAAUCUUGAUAUACGAGGGUUAUUCGAAAAUCAACCUACGGUAGACUUGCAAAAAAAAUAUUUUAUUAUACACAAAAUAC